AUGUCGAUCAUAGCUAUUUUGCUCCUAUCUUUUCUCUUCUUCAUAUCUCUAUGGUGCUCGAUAGCAUUUCUAUCCAAGAGCAAAAGCGCUCCCGUCGUCGAAUGGCCGGUGGUGGGCAUGCUUCCGGCCCUGCUUUGGAAUGCAACCACCGAUCUCCACGGCUUCGUCGAUCGAGUCGUGAAAGAGAGCGGCGGCACGUUCGUGUUCAAAGGGCCGUGGUUCGCCAAGCUGGACUUCGUGCUCACAAGCGAUCCCAUGAACGCCAACCACAUCUUCAGCAAGAACUUCGCCAACUAUGGGAAGGGUGAAGAUUUCAUGGCCGUGUUUGAGGAGUUUUUCGGGGAAGGUAUCGUCAACACUGAUGGCGAGUCGUGGAAGAUUCAACGACAGAGGAUCCAUUCCUUGUUCAACAAGGAUGGGUUCGAAAGCUUCGUCAUGGAAACCCUCCAACGGAAAAUGGAGGGCACCUUGUUCCGAGUCCUUGGUGAUAUUUGUUCGUCACGAGGACUCGGAGAUGGUCAGGUGGACAUGCAGGACGUGGUGAGCAGGUUCAUGUUUGACAAUAACUGCAUGUGGGUCUUGGGAUUCGAUCCAGGUUACCUUUGUGUUGACAGACGUUUAGAUACCUUCUCUUGUGGUAAAGCAUAUGACGAUUUUGAGGAGGCGGCCAUAUACCGACUUAUCGUUCCCAGAGGUGUGUGGGAAUUCCAGAGAAGACUUGGGGUUGGAUCGGAGAAGAAGAUUAGCCAAAGUAUUAAAAUCUUGGAUGAGUUUUUAUACGGUGUCUUGAAAGCUAAGAAACAAGAGUUGCACAAAGAAGAACAACGUCAGCAACUUGAUUUCCUAACACAAUGGAUGGUAGCGGAUGAGAAGGGAGAAAGUUCAGAUAAAUUUCUACGUGAUUUUGGAGUGACUUUAGUCGCAGCAGGGAAAGACACUAUGUCUUCCGUUUUAACUUGGUUGCUCUGGCUGGUUGCGAUCCACCCUGAGGUUGAAAGAAAGAUUCUCGAGGAGAUUGAGCGAGUAGUGGUAAUGGCUACACCGGGUCCAACUCAAAGAGAAGGAGGAAGAUUAGGGUUUCCCAUAAUAACUAAGGAUGAGAUGAAUAGGCUUGUGUAUCUCCAUGCAACCAUCUGCGAGACGUUGAGGUUGUACCCACCUGCACCAUUCGAGGUUAGAUGUGCAGUUGAAGAUGAUAUGCUCCCUAGCGGCCAUCUCAUUCAUAAGGGCACUAGGAUUUUGUUCUCCAUAUACUCCAUGGGAAAGAUGAAAGAGAUAUGGGGGAAUGAUUGCAUGGAGUUCAAGCCUCAAAGAUGGAUUUCGGAACAAGGAAACAUAAUCCACGUCCCAUCGUACAAGUUUUUAAAUUUUUUGGCAGGCCCAAGGUCUUGUUUGGGGAAGUCGUUGUCUUUCAUGCAACUCAAGUUCGUGGUGAGUAAUCUUUUAUGGAACUACAAGUUUGACAUGGUAGAGGGUCAACUUGUCAAGCCACUUGCGUCUAUUAUGCUGACAAUGGAAAACGGCUUGAAGAUGAGAGUUUCCAAGAGGGAUUUUUAGGAAACAUCAUCAUAAUAAUUGUGGUUUAUAAUAAAUAUUGGUAUGAGCUGGAUUGGUAUCUAAAUAAUGUUGUAAUAUUAUUAUCAUCAUUCAUAAUUAUUAUUGUCUUAUACAAC